CAGAUUUCCUGUUAAAUUACCGAGGAUUUUGAGUAUCUCUUCAUAAAUCUUACUAUAGAAGGCAGACAAAUGGAGGAGGCUUACAUUCUUCUUCUUCUCUUUGGUGGAACCGCAUAUGCUUUCCUUCCUCCAGGUGAUUCUAUAUGCAAUGGCAACCAGGAGAAGUCUCAUUGCUCUGUCACUCUUGGAGGAUCCGUUUACAUCCAAGUGAUGCCAAACGUGAGUGGCCAUCGGCUGAAUUGUAAGAAACUGCUUCCCAGCGGACCCAUUCUUGUAUUUGCGGUGAAAAAAGAAAAGCUGGUGAUACAGAAAGACUUCAGGAGCAGAACACAGUUCUUCAUUAACAAUGGGACUUUAAAAAUUUCCAGUGUUGAGAAGAUUGACUCAGGGAAAUAUACUGUGGAAGUCUUUGAUUCCAGUGGGCACUGUGUCAAAAUCAUUGAAGUAGAACUGGAUGUUCAGGAAAACCGUUUUUCCAUCCUCAUUCCGGUUUGUUCUGCACUGGCUGCUUUACUGGUAAUUGUGGUCUUGUCUUGUUGCGUGUACAAGAAAAUGAGGUGUAACAGGAAGUCAGGUUCGAGUAAAUCCAGGAAAAAAGGGUCUAGUAAAUCCAGGAAAAAAGAGACUACAGUAGAAUAUUGGAAAACAAGUGAUCGUAUGGAGGACUCUUUUCAACAUGGACUGAAUUAAACAAGCAAGGAAAAUUCAGAUUGGAAUUAUACGUAUAGGUUAUUUUCAUUCUGUGUGCUACUAAAUUUUCUAUCCUCAUAUAAUGUACAGAAUGUUUAACACAUAUUGGUGAACUUUGACUUGAAA